AAAACUCAGAAACUCCUCCAAGAACCCAGACUUCAGACCAGCUCCCAACACCAUGACCUGCUGCCAGACCAGCUUCUGUGGAUAUCCCAGCUGCUCCACCAGUGGGACAUGCGGCUCCAGCUGCUGCCAGCCAAGCUGCUGUGAGACCAGCUGCUGCCAGCCAAGCUGCUGCCAGACCAGCUUCUGCGGAUUUCCCAGCUUCUCAACCAGUGGGACCUGCAGCUCCAGUUGCUGCCAGCCAAGCUGCUGUGAGACCAGCUGCUGCCAGCCAAGCUGCUGCCAGACCAGCUCCUGUGGAACUGGCUGUGGCAUUGGUGGUGGCAUUGGCUAUGGCCAGGAGGGCAGCAGUGGAGCUGUGAGCACCCGUAUCAGGUGGUGCCGCCCAGACUGCCGUGUGGAGGGUACCUGGCUGCCCCCCUGCUGUGUGGUGAGCUGCACACCCCCAUCCUGCUGCCAGCUGCACCACGCCGAGGCCUCCUGCUGCCGCCCAUCCUACUGUGGACAGUCCUGCUGCCGCCCAGUCUGCUGCUGCUACUCCUGUGAGCCCACCUGCUAAAAGCCAGUUUGCUGAUUUUCAACUUGAAAUUUCCACUUUCAGUUCCAUUCAUGAACAAAUUAUUUCUUCAAGCACUUAUGGACAACUAACAAAUUCUUCAACCUUUCUUUGGCUUUCUUAUGGGGGCUACCAAAUAUUUUGGCCUCAGAGUUAUCUGAUUCCUUUCAAUUCCAGAAAGACCUUACUCUUCUUUCUGAGGACGCCAAAAUACAAAUUUGACCCAAGAAAUGAAAAAGCCGAUUUACCUUGAAACUGAGCCUUUGCAAGCAUUGAAGCCCACGCUCUGAGUCUCAGCGCCGACGAGACCAUGGAAGAGCCAUCUGUCCUUCUCAGGACACUCACUUCCUGUAUCCCACCGUCCUGCAAAUUGCACCCCCUAUUGAAAGAGGAAUAAUAUACCAAGGUCUAAUAAAUUUUAACUAUUGGUGCAACAAA